AUGUCCCCGUCCUGCCCACACCGCCAUCUGCAGCUUGAUGUCUCAUCGCAUGCGGCGGAAGCCGGCUUCCAGCGUCUUCCGUUGGCCAAGCGGCAAGCGGCGACGACGCCGGCAGGUCGCGCAGGUACAGAAGACGCAGUCGCCGAACACGCCCGCCUGGAAGCCCUGUUCCCCGGGCCGCUCGUGCUGCCGGGUGACGCGCUGGCCGUGGACCCGAAAGAGCCGCCCCAGAGCCUGCGGUCGUGGAUCCAGGACAACAUGCGAAACCCCGUCACGCAACGCAGGAAGACCAUCUACGUCGUUCCCGCGCCGCAGGUCGGCCCCGCCGUCUCGAAAACCGUCAGCUCGUGGACCGUGCCGUCACCGUCGCGCGCCGCCUCGCUGAAGGGGAAAUGCGAGGCGCCUGAUGUCGAGCUCGUGCGCCAGUAUCUCGAGGCAUUCUACUACCCGCUUCCUGUCCGCCUGCUGCCCAAGGAGGUGCGCCUUGUGCCCUGGACGGGGGGCAACGCAGCGGGCAGGUCGAAAAAGCAACAGGAUGGACCACAAUACAUCGGCCUGCAAGUCGGCGGCAUUGUCACGCGCAUCACCACACGUCGUUGCCCGGAUGGCGCCUUCGGGCGGCAGUUAAGACUAAGCAACAUACUGGACGCCGCCCUUGACGCGCUACCUGACGAUGCAUACGCGCUCGUCAUGCUCGUCGCUCACGACACGUACGAGGACGAGCAUGACGACUUCUGCUGCGGCCUGGCUUAUGGCGGCAGCCGCAUCGCCGUCGUGUCUUUCGCGCGCUACCACCCCUUGCUGGAUGAAGCUGCGGGCGUAGAUCGGGACCAUGCGUGGCCGUUCGCGCACUGCGCGGCAUUCGUCGAGCGUCUCUGCAGGGGUGCGGCAGCGGCAGGAUCGAGGAAAAAGCGCAAGGUCGACAAUUCGCAGGUCACAACGGCCGCGCAACCCUUGGCGGACAUCAUCAAGAAAACCCUUGAGGCAGGGGCGCGUAGCGACGGCGACCUCAGCGCACUCUGGCUAUCCCGCGUGGCACGCACCGUCGCGCACGAGGUGGGCCACUGCUUUUGUCUCACCCACUGCCGCUACUACGCGUGUUCGAUGCAGAGCACGACCUGCGUGGCCGAGGACCUGCGCCAGCCGCCCUACCUCUGCCCCGUCUGCCUGGCCAAGCUCACCCGCGCCGUCCGGGAUGUUUCGAAGGGUGCAUUCGACGAGACGAGGUUUCUCAUUGAGAGAUACACCACGCUGGCCCGGUUCUGCAAGCAAUGGGAGCGUGCCGCGAUGUUCGCCGGCUACCGCUGCUGGCUGGAGAAGAGGAUUGAUGCACUGCAGGGCGGGUUGCCUGCCGAGCGAGAUCUUGGCAAUCAAGAGUUGUUUUGA